CGUUAGGAGGCGCGACGAGAAUCCUAGGUGAGAGCAUCGUGAGGAUUCCGUUUCGAGGGCACGAUAAAGAGGAAGAAGAAUUCGAGAAAAACUUACGAGUGAAAACGGAGUCGCGGGAUUGGAGGAAGGGUGCGAUAGUGGUGGAAAGGAAUCAACAUCCAGUGACCCCCAGAUUUAGGUCGUUACAUCGAGAGCAACCACCACUGCCCGAGAUCAAGAGAGGAGCCACACAGAGCAAGGAGGCGUGUUACCACGAACAGUUAGUAACAAUGGUCGGAGAAGGAAUCAAAAGGCCUCAAAUUUCAUUACCUAUACUACAACCUCCUCGGACAAUCAAUGUGCAAAAAUACGCUGAAUCCCGUGCCCUUGAGCUCCAUAGUCUACAAUCUAUCAUAGAAAACCGAGUAAACAAUGAUUAUAGAUCUCAAAGGAACAAGAGAAGAAGAACAACUGCAUUUAACAACCAAAUUGCAAGAAAAGGUUGUAGAAGAAAGAGACAGAAAGUGGGAAUAGUGGGCAAAGCCUUUGUUAAAUCAGGUUUAGAGGAGGAUGAACUAAAGAAGCUUCCUCGGCGUGUUCGUCGAAGAUAUGAACUAAAGAAUAACCCAGAGAAUGGUUUUUGCACUUCUGGGGAUGGAACCAAGAGGCUGAGAACUCAUGUUUGGCAUGCAAAGCGGUUUGCUAUGACCAAGCUUUGGGGUUACCAUCUUCCUUUAUGUCUUCAAGGAAGAGGGAAAGGUUCGAGGGCACUCUUGAAAAGGCUCAGAGAAGGGGUGCUUGUACACGAUGCAAGCUAUUACACUGCCCUCCAAUUGGAGGGUCCAGAGGAUUCGUUGAUUUCUGUAUUGAGAUCGAUACUAGAACCCUCUCCAACAAGUACACAUCCGGACUCUUUAAUCUCUGGUGUAACCUAUGGAAGUGCAAUGCUGCGUCAAGAUGGAGGCCUCAUUUGUCCACCCAUUGCUCCUGUGACCUAUAUGUGGCAACCAACUUCCCAACAAAAUAUAAGUACACAGCUAGAUGAACAAAAUCAUUAUACUUCUUUUGGACAACAUGAUAUCGGUAAUGAUUCAAACAAACAUAGUGUUGAAUUAUGUGAAAAACCAGACAAAGUGAAGCAUGGUUCUUCAUUUAGACACCUUUGGGUGUGGAUACAUGCUUCUGCCUUUGAAGAAGGAUUUGAUAAUCUAAAAACUGCCUGUCGGAAAGAGAUGGAGAAGACGGGCAUAUUAAUUAAUUGCUUUUCCCUUGAGGGUCAACUUGCAAAAUUAGAAUUAUUUGGAUUACGGGCAUUUCAACUUCUUCAAAAGAUACUUCAUCCUGUUGGAGGUAUUUCAGAGAAUCAUUGGCAAUUAAAGAAACAUAUAGUGAUUGAAGAAGGGUGUGUUUCUCAGAAUAGAAAUUCAACCACACUGAAAAAUAGAGAUAGUUUUUCUUCUUGUGCUAUGUUACCUCUUAAUGUUAAGGAUCCUCGAGAAUUGCCAUGGAAGAGGAAUGUUGUUCCAGUGGAGCACAUUUCAACUAAGACUUUGAGUGAUGCAUCGGAAACACAGUGCAAAGAGCUUGCUGAACUGGGAGGAAUUUUGGAAGAGAACAAAGAUUUAUCUUCAUUAUCAUGGUCAAAACUUGAAGUUUGCCAGUCUAAUGUUGAUGAUUUAUGGUAUGCUACCACCAGAAGGUUGAGGCCCCCAGUGGAAGACAAUGUCCUUUCCAAGGAGAAACAUCAUGAACGAAUGAUUAAUUUCUGCCUUGUUGAUACAGAUUCUGGACAUGGCAGCUCUUCAACUAAGGUGCAGAGCUCGAGAUCUUGCCCUAUUCUUCUUUUAAAAAAUGAUGUGAAGGAAUUGAGCAUUGGGUAACUUCUUUAAUCUAUUUUUCCUUUUAAUUUCUUGAAUUUACUGGUGUUGUUUAUGAACAUAUAUCUAGACUAUUUCAUUAUUGUUGGAAACAAACAAUAGGUAUUUGUGAUCACUUGCUUAAGAUAUAUACUACAAGAACAAUAAUAAGACAAACAUAUCACAAUUUAAGUUUUAAUACCCUGAUGAGAUUGAACAUGAUUCCUUGCAAUGCAUUGAAUAUUUAUGUCAAAACCUUCCUUUAUACUAUACAAUGAAUGCUUCUGUAAUUUGCUUCUAG